GCGAUUCCUUAGCAAGCCCAACCAGUUGGGUGUUGUGGCUGUUGGAUUCAACGGCGGACAGGUACGAAUCCCCAGUACCCCACUACGAGAAUGAGAGAGAGAGAGAGAAAACGACAACGACAACAGAUCAGAAGACUGACUUUGUAUCAGUGCAAACUAGGCGUCGAAGCGGCUCCCCUGGCGUUGAUCGAAGCCGGUCUUCUCAACCAGCUCCGCGAUGACUUGGAUUACGAACUUCACUAUGACGACACCGUGCAUUACUACGAGAAUGUGACACCCUUGAAUGACCCCGACCACCGAGGCAUGAAGAAGCCCCGAUCGGUGAGCGCCGUGACAGAAACUCUGAGCUCGCAGGUCUACAACCACGCCAAGGAGGGCAAGUUUGUCCUGACCCUGGGCGGAGACCACUCCAUCGCCGUCGGCACUGUCUCUGGCACUGCUAAGGCCAUUCGCGAGAGACUUGGCCGGGAGAUGGCUGUGAUCUGGGUUGAUGCUCACGCUGACAUCAACACUCCCGAGACGAGUGACAGUGGUAACAUCCACGGCAUGCCCAUGUCGUUCUUGACCCGGUUGGCUCGGGGAGACCAGAAGGAUAUCUUUGGUUGGAUGGAAGACGAGCACACCAUCAGCCCCCGCAAGCUGGUGUACAUUGGUCUGCGGGAUGUUGACCGUGGAGAGAAGCAGAUUCUCAGAGAGAAUGGAAUCAAGGCAUUUAGCAUGCACGACAUUGACAGAUAUGGAAUUGGUCGCGUGGUCGAGAUGGCCCUGGCCCAUAUUGGAAACGACACUCCCAUUCACUUGUCAUUCGAUGUCGAUGCACUGGACCCCCAAUGGGCCCCCAGCACCGGUACUCCUGUUCGUGGUGGUUUGACUCUCCGUGAGGGUGACUUCAUCUGCGAAUGCGUCCACGAGACCGGCAACCUGGUUGCGAUGGAUCUGGUCGAGGUCAACCCGAGUCUCGACACGAUUGGAGCGACAGAGACCAUCCGGGCUGGCUGCUCGUUGGUCCGCAGUGCGUUGGGAGAUACGUUGCUGUGAGGAAAUGAGAAUUGACGACUACGAUGACUAUUACUGUAAUACCGGCAAAACUUUUAGACGACGAUCGCAUGGCCGAUCAGGACCUCAUAGGAUCUAGAUGACUCCAAUGAUACUUCUAUGUUACUUGAUAUCUAUCUACAUGUAGUAUGUAGAGCAUUGAUGGCGUAUCUGCAUGUUGAUCAUAGCGGGGAAUAAACAACUCCACUACAACUCC